CAAAGCCGCGCGGCCCAGAGAGGAGCUCCCAGUUCCCGGCGUGUGCUCCGCGGGUCCAGCGCCCACCAUGCGGCCCCUGGUCCUGCUGUGGGGCUGCCUCGUGCUCCCAGGUUAUGGAGUCCUGGUGGGCCCGAAGGAGAUCAGCGGAUUUGAAGGUGACACCUUGUCCCUGCAGUGCACCUACGGGGAGGAGCUGAGGAAGCACAAGAAAUACUGGUGCAGGGAGGGCGGUCUCCUGAUCUCCCGCUGCUCAGGCACUAUCUAUGCGGAGGAAGACGGCCAAGAGAGGACGGCAGGCAGGGUGUCCGUCUGGGACAGCCCCAAGGAGCUCACGCUCACCGUGACCCUGAGGAACCUCACCCUGCAGGAUGCCGGGAAGUACUGGUGUGGGGUCUCAAGACUGGGCUUUGAUUGGAGUUUCUUGGUGUCUCUGCGUGUCCUUCCAGGUCCCUGCUGUCUUCCCUCCCCCACGCCCUCCUUCCAGCCUCUUGCCACAAGGAGCCUCCAGCCCAAGGCAAAAACCUGGCAAACGCAGCCCCCAGAAUUGACUUCUCCUGGUCUCCACCCGACAGUCACCACAGCCAAGCAGAAGACAGGGGCCGAGGCCUCUCCGUUCACAGGGACCUCCGCGUCCAGGCACACGCAAGCCUCCCUGUACGCGGGAACCGCUCCGUACACAGGGACCUCUCCUCACGCAGUGACCUCUCCGUUCACGGGGACCCCUCCUCACGAAGCCACCUCUCCUCAUGCAGGGACCUCCCGCCCAGCCACGCAGCUGGACUCCACCUCGGCAGAGACCAGUCUUGUUCCCGGCAGCUCCAAGUCCAGGGUGUCCAUCCCCAUGGUCCGCAUCUUGGCCCCAGUCCUGGUGCUGCUGAGCCUUCUGCUGACCGCAGGCCUGGCCGCCCUCGGCAGGUACCUGCUCCGGCGGAGGAAGGAAGCUCAACUGGCCACUGAGACACAGAGGAUGGAGAAGGUGCACCUGCCACACUCGCCGCUGGAGAACUGCUGGGUCCAGGAGUGCGCCAAGAUCAACACUGCAGGGCCUGCUGGGCCUCGAGCCAGCCCCCAGCCCUCCUCCAGUCCCUGCAGGGACAUCGGGUGCCUAAGCCAGACUUCAGAGGAAGCUGAAGCCUCUUCCCGGGACCCAGAGGGGGCCACGAUCCCAGGGCCUCCCCUCCACUUGUCUGAGGAGGAGCUUGACUUCUCUAAGUUCAUCUCGGUCUAGCCACAGAAUGCCCUCCAGGCCAGGCCUGCUGUGAAGCUGAAUGGCUGGAUUUGCACCGACUCUAAUAAGCUUUCUGCUACAGCUUCAGAGUUCACCUGCCAGACUCCAGGGCUCCCCCUCCCCCUCCCCAGGCCCGCCUCCUGCAUGCCCCAGCCUGACCUGGGAGCCUUUGUGGGCCGUGGAGCCCGCAGUGGUGGCCUCACAGUUCCAGCAGAGACUGGCACCUCCCCAAUGUGUUCACAUCCCUGGGCAGGGCUUGCAGCCGCUGGACCUAGACUGUCACCAGGGCCAGGCAGGGCUCAGGAGAGCUGGUCUGGGCUUGUAUCUGCUGCAGGAAAUCCCGAGGGCCUGGGUGCCCAGCAACAUGCCUCCCCCCACUCCACCCCACCUUCUCCUCCCUUCCUUCCCUCCUCAGCCUCAGCACCCCUUUCUCCUGCAUAAGCUGGGGAGGAGGGAGCGUGCUGGCGUUGGACUGGGUUCUGAUUUCCUGAAGCGUGGCUGUGAACCACCUGCAUCCCAGUCCUUCAGGAAGCUGGUGAAAAAUGUGAUUCCUGGGCCCAGGACUCUGCAUUUCUAACAAGAGCCCAGUGAUUCGAAUACUCGAGUUAGAGAAGCAGUGGCCCUGUUGAACGCUCAGGUCCCUCCAGCUUUGAAUCUACACUUUGUGUGUGGGGUCUCCCACCUGCCCCCUGUAGGGGUUGCUGUGCCCACGACACCAUGAGCCAGCUGGGGGCUUUCCAGGGCCUGCCUGAGUCCAGACCCAGGGCAGGGGCACACCGGAAGGGGUGAAUCCAGGAGGGGCAGGAGAGAGGGCACAGGGCAGGAACCUAAGGGGAACCUGAACGUGACCCUGACUCAGGCUCUCUGGAGACGGGGUGGGAGUGAGGGGUUAGAAUUACAGAACUACUAUUUUUUCUUUUUCUAUUUUCUUUAAAAAGUGAAAAGGGGGGUUGCUCAGUAUACAAAACUUAGAAAGAUAGAAGAGGAGAAAAGUCAGCCAUGGUCUCGCCGUCGCCCGGACAAUCCUCACUGCAUUUUGUUGUAUUUCCUUCCAGUCUUUUCCCCUCCCGUCGUUUGCUGGUGUUCUUUUACAAAUAUUUUGUAUGUACAACUUUGUAUCCUGCUUUUUUUCACUUAACUAUUAUAUCAUAAGCAUUUCUCCAUGUUUUUAUAAA